AUUUAAAAGGAAUUAUUAAAGUUAUUUGUCACUGAUGGCGCUUUAAGUAGGGACAAUAAGUAGCCAGAAGUCUAUUAAUAACAUAAUUGACGAGUGUUUACAUACAAGCAUUGUAUCAGAAAACACAGAGCGAUUAAUAUUUUUCUUUUUCCUCGAGCUGAGUUUUUAUUUUCUAUUGUUUGAAAGUCGCAUUUAUUACAAUGGAUGAAGAUAUUGAGAUGAAAGAAGAGGAGGAUACUUUCUCUAAUUCUUCGGAACACUCUUCUUCUGAAGAAGAUGUCGAUGAUGGAAAAAUCGCCGAAUUGAAAAAUGAAAUUGAAAGUGAUCCUUAUGUGUAUGAUCGCCACGUUCAGUGCAUUGAUCUUUGUCGUAAGCGUGGAAAUUUAGAAGAACUUCGAUCUGCCAGAGAGAAGAUGAGCAAGUUAUUUCCCUUAACUCCAGAGCUAUGGCUUGACUGGAUAAGUGACGAAAAAAAUUUGGCAACUACAAAAGAACAAAAAGAAAAUUUAACAGCUUUAUUUCAAAGAGCAUUAAAGGACUAUUCCUCUGUUCAAUUAUGGCUAGAAUAUUGCCUUUAUUCUAUUGGCAAUAUUGGUGAAGAGUGGGAUGUCGAUGGUCUUGAAGUGACACGUACGGCGUUUGAAGACGCAAUCACAGCUGUUGGAAUCCAUGUCACACAAGGGUGUUUAAUAUGGGAAGCAUACAGGCAAUUUGAGAGUGACUAUCUCAGCAUUUUAAAAAAUAAAGGGGCAUCUGAUAAUGAAUUAAAAGAACAAGAAGAAAAGAUAUAUAACAUCUUUAGAAGGCAGCUCUCUGUUCCUUUAUUUGACAUGGAUAAAACGUAUGAAGAGUUUAGAGAACUUUUUGAUGAGAACUCUCACCCUGAUAUAAAUUCAAUUGAAUAUUCAUAUAAGAAAGCCUUGCAGAAACUGGAUCAAAUCGCCGUUCAUGAAAAUUCUCUUUACCAGUCAGAAUCUCCUCACUAUGAAGAAUUCAAAGAAUACAUUAAUUAUGAGAAAAGGAAUGGAGAUGCUAGUCGUGUGCAAAAUGUGUAUGAACGUGCUUUGGUUGAGAAUUGCUUAAAAGAAGAAUUGUGGUUAGAUUACACUAAAUAUUUGGACAGGGAUCUGAAAAACAAAGACAUAUCAUUGCCUGUUCAUCAAAGAGCAGUUAAAAACUUGCCCUGGUGUGUACAAAUAUGGGUUAGGUAUGGAAGAGCAUUGGAACAAUAUCACGAACCACACGAAAAAAUAAGAGAUAUGUUUGAAAAUGUUCUUAUGACGGGUGGAUUUGUAGAGGAAGAAAAAUUUAAAGAACUUUGGCUUGCUUACUUGGAUUAUUUACGACGUAGGAUAUCUACUGAUCCAGAAUCUGGUAUCACUGAUUUAAAUGAAAUAGAAGCUGUUUUCACUAAUGCCACAACACAAAUGGCUCAGUACUUUUGGGGGACUGAGUCCGAAUACAUUAUAAUGAAGUAUUAUACCUUUUUUAAUGUCAAAUAUAAGAAAGACAUAAAAACUGCUCGUGAAUAUUGGAAGGAAAUCAUUGACCAUGGGCACAAAGAUCAAGCAAAUGUUUGGCUAGAUUAUGCUAAUUUUGAGAGACUUUAUGGAGAUGCAGAUCAUUAUCGUAAGACCUUAUUACAGGCUUUAUCUAGUGUUAAUGACUGGCCUGAGACAUUUUUAGAAUUACUUAUCACAUUUGAAAGAGAAGAAGGAACUUUGGAAUCUUUGGAAAAAUCUCUGAUCAGAUGUGAGACAUUGAUACUAUUUUGGAUUUAUAUAUUUUAUAAUAAUCUAUUGAAUCUUUAUGAAAUUUUAGAAACUCCUGAAUCUCACGGUUCUUUAACUACUCACGAUACCUUAAAAGACAGCAGAACAGUAUUUGCUAGUAAUUUAUCUUUCAAAAUAGAAGAAGAAAGAAUAAAGGAAUUUUUUUCUCAAAUGGGCGAGGUUGAAGAAGUUAGAUUAGUUAAAGAUUAUAAAGGCAGAUCAAAAGGCUUUUGUUAUGUUCUUUAUAAAACUCAAGUUGAGGCUAAAAAUGCUUUGUCUAAAGAUCGUGAACCUUUAGAUGGCCGGCCAGUUUACAUAUCUACUUGUGAGGAUAAAAAAAACAAUCCUUCAUUCCAGUCAAAAUUCAAGUUUGGAACUGGUUUAGAGAGAAACAAACUUUUCCUUAAAAACUUGCCUCCUACCACAACUAAAGACGACUUAGAGAAUAUGUAUAAAGAAUAUGGGACUUUAAAAGAUAUUAGAAUUGUAACAUAUCGUAAUGGUCAUUCCAAAGGACUGGCAUAUGUUGAAUUCCAAGACGAG